AUGGUUCAAGGUGUUUCGGAGAUAGCCGCAAUGUGUGUCGGCCUGAUUGGGCUGAUCGGGGCGGCGGCUACAACAGGGAUGCCGAUGUGGAAGGUGACAGCUUUCAUUGGGGAAAACAUAAUUGUGAUGGAAACCCGCUGGGAGGGCUUGUGGAUGAACUGCUACAGACAGGCAAACAUCAGGAUGCAGUGUAAGAUCUAUGACUCCCUGCUGUUCCUGCCCCCGGAUUUACAGGCAGCCAGAGGUCUGAUGUGCUGUUCUCUGGCCCUCUCGGGUCUGGGGCUCCUUGUGGCUCUGGCAGGAAUGCGGUGCACAUCCUGUAUUCAGGAUAACGAUCGGGCUAAGACCAUCAUCCUGAUGGUUGCAGGUGGUAUGCAGUUUGCGGCGUGUAUCAGUGUCUUUAUCCCAGUGUCGUGGACUGGUCAUGUCAUCAUUAGAGAUUUUUACAAUCCAUUGCUAAUUGAUGCCCAGAGGAGGGAGCUUGGAGAGGCUCUCUACAUCGGUUGGGUGACCGGCGCCUUCCUUUUUGCAUCUGCCAUGUUGUUUGUCUGCCGCCGUAUACCCUCAGACAAAGGCUCAUUCGACUUGUACCACCAAGCCAACUUGCUCAGUUACAAGCCAGCACCCAGCAGGCAAUAUCUAAUGAGGCGUCCUCCCAUUUCAAGUGUUUCCAGCCUCCAAUCUACAGCGUACCAUCCUUCUCUGCAGAGCAACGGCUAUGUUGGACAGCAACUUGCGACGCAACUGCAAAACAUCCCUCAAGUUAUGACAAAUGAUGAAGCAUUAUUCAACAAUCCUGUUGUCUAUAACCCGGGUCUGCCUGAAAAUGCGUCAUUGGUAUAUCAAGGUAGUAUGGCUCAUUCCUCAAUGCAGAGUUCUAACCAUGUUGGAAGCAUGUAUACGCCAGGCAACUCCUUGUACAUUAGCCAAAACGCUACGCCAUAUUCACAGACGUAUAUGGCCAAUCCUACUGCAUCGUACCAGUCCAGUUUUCAUCCGGUUCCAAACACUCCUGUUUUCAUAGGAUAUAAAGCAUCAAGAAUUCAACCAGAGUACCACAGUAGGAGCAGUGCUGGUGUAUACAUAUAA